AUAGUCUAUUCCAAGAUGGCGACCUCCAGGCCCGGAACGAAAAAAAGCAGAACAAGCCAACCUGUUAUCCAAAGAAGGGGAUUUGGAGCUGAGGCUUACAGAGAAAUUGAAUGGAAACUCUUAAAUGACGACGAAGCAAAGGCUCAAGAAAGAGAAGGUUCAUUAGCAUGGAAGGUUCUGUCAAAUACACAGACACAGAUGUUACAAGAACUUACGGUUGAGGAUUUGGAAAAGAAAUUAGCCGAAAUUUUUAAACUAACUUCUAAUCAUAUCAACUUGAAUGAAGGCGUACUGUUAGAUUAUUAUGUGACUGGUUUCUGGUGGGCAAAAGACCAGAGCUUUUCAACACAACAAAUAUCUGGAUUUAUUACCGUUUUACACACACUACUGGAAAAUAUUAAAGAGAGUAAGAUGACCUUAGUGGACAAUUUAAAAGAAUUCAAGAAAAUGUUACCUGGCAUUGGGAAUGAAAACAGUGAUAUCUCUGGAGGACUUGAUUUCUUUGACAUUAAUCAAGCAAAAACAAUAACAGAUUACUUAAAACAAACAAUAUUUCAGCAUUAUAAGAUGUAUGAAUUUCUAUGUCAUGAUCAACGUGAAGAACAGAUUGUUUGCCGAGAUCUGCUGAUAGAAGUAUUACCCAAAGCAGAUCUUCCUUAUCCACCACCACUUGAUGAAGGUAUUGAUCAGAACAUAUACGAUGAUUACAUAGCAACACCAAGGGAAACCCCAACAUCUCAGGAUGAUUCUGGCGAUGGAAUAGAUGGACAGGAGGAUGCAGAUGCUGCAAAUGAGACUGAGGAUCUUUUAAGUGGUGUGACAGCUGAUGAUAUCAAAAGAAUUAUGGAUGAAGUCGCCCAAGAUAUGUUUGGAGGUUUACAGGCUGAAGUUGGAAAAAAACUUAAAGACAGAGAAGCAGAAAUCAUUGCCAGAAUCAACAAAAUUCACAGAAUAGCUGAUGCAUAAUUACAUUUUUUUAUUUAGAAAAUGACUCAAUCAUGGCAUUGAAUUUCCAUUGCAAAGAUAUUUCUUGUGUACAUAUUCAUACAAACACAAUAUUUUUUGUUCUCUGAGGGAAA